CGCUACCGGCGGGCCGUCGAUAAAUCGUAUCGACAGCCCGCGCCGCUUCAAAAAAGGACUUUUAGUCGCAGAAGAUGAGAUUCCAAUUCGAUCUCAAUGGUCCCCCACCGGAGUGCACAGAUGAUGUUUAUUCAGAGCCAGUGCAGCCUGUUGAGAGAGGCAGUGGCGCCAGCAGCGCUGGUAUGCGCGAUGAAGACACCUUUGGGGGCUGCCGAUUAUGCAAGAGAAAUUGCAGUAUUUGCGGGGAGGUUCGGGAACUGCCGGCAGAUGUACUGGAAGCCUUGGAGCAGAAGAUGCAGCAGGACGAUAUGGAAUUUGUGUGUAGUAUGGCUGGAUACCAGUGCUAUGACUAUGUUGUCGAUACUAAGGAGAAGAGGCAAUCAUCUGGCACGCCUGUUUUAUCGAAAAGGCCUAAAGCAGAGCAUCAGCCUCCAACUGUUCUCAAGCCUGUUAAAGUUGAGCAGACACAGAGCGAUGACCGCAGCUGUAGUGGCAAGAAAUCUGUGGAAGAGUGUGGAAGCUAUGCAGACUUGCAGAAGAUGAUAGAAUUCCUGAAGAAAAAUAGCCACCGUGAUUUAUCAGUGAAGGAGGUUGUGCAACACAUGGGGAGACCUGUGGUCAAGCUUGUUGCUGCUCUGGAACAUUUGGCUGAGCCCGACAUCAAGCAAAUGCUGGUGAGGAUUCUUCUGAAUGAAGUUUGAGAGGAAGAAGAGGAAGGAUGUUGGAAGCUCAUUUAUCUUUUCUGAAAGUUUUCUCAUUUGUAGUAAUAUUGUAAAUGCAAGAUGUGCAAAUGUUAAGUGAGCGACACGUUCUGGUCCUUGCUUUCUGAAUCCAUAUGCACGUAAUGACAUGUGUGUGUGUGUGUGUGUGUGUGUGUGUGUGUGUGUGUGCAUGUAAAAAAGAAGUCACGAAUCAUCCAUGAAACAAAAGAAGUACAGAUAC